AUGCUAUCCUUCGUGCUCUACGGGCUACUAGCCACUACUGGCAGUAAUGCAGCCGAGAUCCGAAGACGACAAGAGCUCGCUCUGGCAGCUCCAAGGGUAAUCGUUCAGGCACAGGGUCAGUUACCCCAGAUGCAAAAACCGCCAAUGCCAUCUGCAGGUUUACCUUCGCCUCAAGGAACCUAUUAUACACGACCACCAGGACCAAUACCAUCUGCACCAAUACCGUCAAACGGUCCCGUUCCCCCGAUUCCUAACCAAAAUCUGGUGAUUCCGGGACCUCAACCGGGGGCCCAACCGGGACCUGGAUCUGCUACUACAUCCGAUGCAGAGGCUCCUGGAGACAAUUCAUCAGGUGAUGAUGAUCCACUUAUUGGCAGCGAUGGUACAGUUCUACCUGGCGGUACAAAAAAAGACGACACUAAUACACCAUUCGCCCUUCUUGGUCCAAAAGACACUCCAGGUCCAAAUUCCUGGGCCGAGGUCCUUCCAAACCUCAAUUUAGGGUCAGAUGACCACACCCCAGAAAAUACAGCUGGCGGUCCGGUAACAGCGGCGGUUGAAAGCAGUACUAAUACAGCCGCCGGAAUUCUCACGGAUGAUCAAAAACAAGAUCUCCUCGAUCACAUAAGUCCCGAGGAAUUCGAACAAUCGACACCAGACUUCCAGGAACUCGUGCUGGUCGCUGCACAAGACAAGCUAAUGGAUUCGGAAGCAAAGAUAGAAGAUGUAGCCGAGCCUGGAUCAGACCCUGAACCGGUCACUUCAUUAACUCAGGAGACAUAUACCGAAAUCCAAGAUAUCGGGCAAAAUCUCACCGGGACGUCAGCAGAUUUGAGUCAGGCUAUACGCGGACUUAUCGGUAUAAGCUUGGAUGAAUUAAGAAAUAAUGCCACAUCGGAUGUUCCGGGUCCCGGUAUGACGGAUGCGAACGGGAAUUCGGGAUCACAGUUGAAGAAGAGAUGGGUUUCGGCGGUUCUUGGUGCUUUGGGUGCGCUUAUCGAGAUUUCAAAACUUGCUGAUAAGGUCCUCGACGAAGGGAUCUCUCUCUGGAAGAAGAUUAAGGCUGCACGAGGAUAA